AGUAGCCUUGUCGCAUGUUUUCAAAGUUCGGUUUACUGGCUGGUGUGACGCAUGUGCAAGUUUUCGUUGCGUGUGGGAACGCAGCUUGAUUGGGAGUGUGCACUGUGCAGUGUAGCUUAGAGACAACAAAUGGGGCGGCUUUUGGUAGCAGUGGUAUGGGUAGUCUGCGAGAUGUUAUAAUUGUAUGUGCAUGGAAUAGCAAAUGAUGUUUCAAAUUUAUUAAAAAUGGGGUUGUCACAUUCCCAAACAAAGCAAAAUUUAUAUUUUCCGUGUACAUUUUUAUAUUCCACUGUACGCCACAGUAAAGAAUAUGUCAUAGGUCGAAAAUAAUCCCCUCACUGCUUACCGCUGUGCCAAGUCUUUACUGCACUGCAAACACUUAAAAUUCGAUUUAGCGUAAUACAUCCGAAAUAUUUGCUUGAUAUCCAGUGACCCAUUCACAGAUUUAGCGUCCCUUUUAUUCACGUUAAGGUGUUUUUAACCAACGCAAGUAUUGAAUAAGUUCUUUAUUUUGAUGAGUAGUUGUAUGUUGAAAGAAGCCCUUCGCCUUUUCUUAUAGGUAGUAUUUCCACAGUGUUUGUCUCCUUGAUAUACGACCUCUAGUUCACCUAGCUUCAUAAUUGUGCUUCAGACGCUGUGUAAUAAGUAGAGUGUUUCAUUCUAAUAAAAACAGACCUAAGUUUGGCAGCUUAGCUGGCCAAAGUAAAAGAAAUGGCAUUGGUAUCGUGUACUAAACACUGGAAGCUAGUGGAAGUAAACCUAGCAAAGUGUUUAUCAUAUGCUCCUUACCAGUUUACAAACCAUCUGAAUAAACCUAAUGAGUUCCUUGCUUCACCCCCCAAGAGGGCAAGAGUAGUAAUUUGUGGAGGUGGUGUUAUGGGAGCAGCAGUAGCAUAUCAUUUAGCAGAAAUGGGUUGGGGACAACACACAGUUUUGAUAGAGCAAGGCAGGUGUGGAGGUGGAACAACAUGGCAUUUGUCAGGACUGGUUGGCGUUUUCAAACCAUCAUUGACCCAGGUUAAACUUACUCAGUCAAGUGUUCAACUCUAUAAGCAUUUGGAGGAAAGUGGACUUAAAACAGGUUGGAAAAUGUGUGGCAGCUUGUGCCUUGCAAGAACACAUGAUAGAAUGACAGUCUUCCGCAGGAUGAAGGCACAAUCAGUGCCCUGGGGGAUAGAAUGUGAGCUUGUAUCUCCAGCAGAAGCAAGAGAAUUGUGUCCAUUUAUAGCCAUACAUGAUAUUCUUGGAGGGCUGUGGAUACCUGGUGAUGGUGUUGCGGAUUCUUAUCAGACUUGUCUGUCACUGAUAGAAGCUGCCAAAAAAGGCGGAGUCCAAGUAUUUGAAGGCUGUUCUGUGAAGAGUGUUCUUAACCAGGAUGGAAAGGUUGUUGCUGUUGAAACAAACAGAGGAAUGAUAGACUGUGAUUUCUUUGUGAAUGCAGGAGGUUUCUGGGCACGACACAUAGGCAAGAAAAGUGAACCAUAUGUCAAAGUGCCACUUCAUGCUUGUGAACAUUAUUACCUCCAUACAAAACCCAUCCCCGGCUUAGAUCCAAUGUUGCCUGUGGUCCGAGACUUAGAUGGCCACAUUUAUCUCAGAGAAAAUGAUGGAAGGCUGCUUGCAGGUGGUUUUGAGCCAGUAGCCAAACCAGCAUUUGAAGAUGGAGUUAUUCCUGAUUCCCCUUCAGAACGCUUGCUGCCAGAAGACUGGGAUCACUUUCAUGUCUUGCUGGAACAACUACUUCUCAGAGUGCCGUCACUGGGAGAUGCUGUCCUUGAGAGGCUGUGUAAUGGUCCGGAGGCAUUCUCACCAGACUGCAAAUGGAUUGUUGGAGAAGCACCAGAGAUUCAGAACUACUAUGUUGCAGCAGGAAUGAAAACUGUUGGAAUCUCAGCAGCUGGUGGAGUAGGCCGUGCAACAGCUGAAAUGAUAGUACAUGGCUCAACACAAUAUGACAUGUAUGAAAUAGAUAUAAGCCGCUUUCUUGGCCUUCACAACAAUCGUAAAUUCCUUAGAGACCGUGUAAGGGAAGUCCCAGGAAUGCAUUAUGGUAUUAACUACCCUUUCCACGAGUUUAAAACUGGCCGCAAACUGCGAAUGUCACCAAUCUAUCCAAAAUUGAAAGAUGCUGGAGCAGUCUUUGGACAGGUCAUGGGAUAUGAGAGACCUUCUUACUUUGAUCCAGAGAAUACUGUUCAGAGUGACACUUGUGGACCUGUUCAUGGGUACCAAAAAGGUAAAACAAUUCCAUUUCGGAUAGCACGUACAGGAACAUUUGUGAAGCCCCCUUGGUUUGAUGUUGUUAGUGAAGAAUAUGCAGCUUGUCGGGAGGCUGUUGGUCUCAGUGAUUAUUCUUCUUUCACAAAAAUUGAUUUGUGGUCCAAAGGAACAGAGGUGGUGGAUGCUUUACAGUAUUUGUGUUCAAAUGAUGUGGACAUUUCUAUUGGUGGCAUUAUUCACACUGGGAUGCAGAAUCAACGUGGAGGCUAUGAAAAUGAUUGCAGCUUAGCAAGACUGGCCGAGAAUCAUUACAUGAUGAUUGCUCCGACAAUCCAACAAACUAGAUGCAAGUCUUGGAUAAAACGACACCUGCCCUCUGACGGUUCUGUUAUGAUGUCUGAUGUUACAUCAAUGUACACUGCAAUCUGUAUAAUGGGACCUUUCACCAAACAACUGCUUUCUCUACUAACAGAUUCUGAUCUAAACCCUAAGUCAUUCCCCUUCUUCACAUUCAAGGAACUUGAUGUUGGGCUGGCAAAUGGUAUUCGAGCAAUGAACUUGACACAUACUGGAGAACUUGGUUAUGUGCUUUACAUACCAAAUGAGUAUGCUCUUCAUGUUUAUACAAGACUGAUGGAAGUUGGUAAAGAAUUUGGAAUAAAACAUGCUGGAUAUUAUGCAAUGAGAGCUAUCCGAGUAGAAAGAUUUUAUGCAUUUUGGGGGCAAGAUCUGGACACAACUACAACUCCACUAGAAUGUGGUCGCUCUUGGCGUGUUAAGUUUAAUAAAGACCUGGAUUUCAUAGGCCGAGAUGCUCUUUUAAAACAAAGAGAAGAAGGAGUAAAGCGAAUGUAUGUGCAGUUGCUCCUGCAAGACCAUGACCAUGAAGUUGAUUACUGGCCUUGGGGAGGGGAGCCAAUUCUUAGGAAUGGUCGCUAUGUCGGUGCAACUACAACUACAGGUUAUGGCUUUACCUUCAAGAAACAGGUAUGCUUGGGCUUUGUACAGAAUUUUGAUGAUGAUGGCCAAGCACAACCUGUUACGCCGGAUUAUGUUAUGUCGGGCCAAUAUGAAGUAGAUAUUGCUGGCAUCCGCUACUCCGCAAAAGUGAAUCUACAUUCACCUAAUCUGCCGACACAGUAUCCAGACAAGGAGAGGAGUGCCUACAGAGCAACACGUGACAUUGCUGUAACUGGGUAGAUUUUCAUUUUCUGGCACUGGUAAAAUGUGUGUAUAAAUGUACCUGAGAUGUUAUAUUUAUUGUUGCUAUGAUAGAACAUUUUCAGUUCAUUGUCUGUGGUACUGGAUAAAUCAGAAUAUUUUCUUUA